AUGAAUCCCAUGCUCGAUGACACCCUUUCGCCUUCCGUGAAGCGGAUCAAGAAGAUCGACUUUGUGAGCCGCUCAGAAGUUCGUGUGGACUUCGAGGCAUUACUAGCUGCAUUACAACCUAUUGACGGUGAUCUUCAGUCAUGGGCGGCAGAGUUUUACAAAGACCUCGACCGCUAUAGAGCCAACCGUGAAGGCGCGGCAGAGCCAAAGGAUCUUCAGCAAGAGAAGGAGCGCAUAGUCUCUGAAAUUCAAAGGGUCGAAUCGUACUGCCAAGAGCUGGAAAGAAGUUGUGCUUGCAUUUUCGAAGAAGUGAACCAGUUAAAUUCAUUGAUGCAAGAGCGCCUUGAGGACAUUUGCAUUUAUGAGAAGUAUAUGUCCAGCCCCGAGUGUGAGCGUCCAUCAAUCCAGCCCUGA